AUGUCCUCCGUCCAGAAGCAGACGUCGACUCGCACCGUCACGCAACAGUCCACGGAGACGUCGGGAGUGACCCAGACGUCCACCACGACGUCCCGCCAGACUAACCGCGUCCAGAUCACGCAGCGCGGCCUCUUCUUCGAUGACGCUUGCUUCGAAGACACGAGGAACGACUUCCGGAAUGCGAUCAGCGACGUCGUGUCCAGGUUUGGCGACAAAUCUUCCAACAUCGACGAGCUCACUCAGUACAGAAGUUUGCGUUCGCGCGAAAUAAGGGACGAAAACCAGGCCAUCACGUCGUCUCAGGACGAUAGCAAGUACAAGAUUGUGGUAGAUGUUCAGGACUUUGUGAGUGGAGGAGAAAUCAAUGUGAAAGUCGUCGAAGAAAGAGAGGUCGUGGUCGAAGGCCGCGUCCAGAAGGUGGAAGGCAACAGGACUUCAAGCAAGAGCUUUCCAGCGUAG